AUGGGAGACCACAGGCUGCCAGGGAGCCAGGCCCGUCGGACACUAAAGCCAACAUCUCAUGACACUACUGCCAAGUCUACAUGGAAAGACUCUUCCAAGUGUUUUUCAAAGCACAAGAAAGAGCAGGUGAGGUUGCGCACCUCCGUGGAUAACCAGCACCGACUCUAUGGCAAGGAACGGUCAGAUGACUUCAGGAAAGCCGGGACAUCGAGUGAAGGGAUGACCCCACGCAGCACAGAAGGCAGCUUUUUCCCAACAAUUUCUCGCAGAAUAUGUAGUCCCAUCACCAACAAGAAUCAGCAGAAGUCAGCUGAUGAUUCAGGACUCUUAUACCCGCUUUUGACAGCACAGCCGACACGUAGAUCCUUCUGGGACGACAUAGGUACCCGCCAGAACCAACAGUUGCUUGCUCCAUGGCCCAGGGGAGAAGAUAAUUCUGCAGAUAUAUUGAUCAAAAUGCUGGAAACACCGAAACCUAACAGGAUGCUGGAAAAUAAGUGGCCGUAUUGGGAAGAUCACAGGGAAGCAACCAAGCAGCCCACCACCUCUGCCAAACAUUCUCAAGGAAAAUACAAUCUGGAACAUCACAAGCUUCCCUGGUCAUGUGAAAGCACUUGGCUCCAUGAUGGUAAACACAGAGGACAGGAUAUGCUUAGCUCUAUUUAUUAUAAAUACAUAUACAAAGGAGGGAAGGACGAAUGGGCUGAAAAGUAUAGAGGUCCCAUGCAUCAUAUUGACACCGGAUAUGAAAACCAAUCAUGCUAUGAAGAGUCACCUGUCAGGAGGACCAAUAUGUGUAAUUGUGACAUCAAGUAUGCUAAGAAACCGAGCAAAGGGAAGGACACGCCGUUAUCUAAAGAGGAAUCCAGCUUUGUUAUAAAACUUCAAACCCCACCAGAUCUUUACAGAGCCAACAAACACACGAGGUAUGAAUCAGCAUUCCUUAGAACCAGCCAGUUGAAAACGCUAGGAAUCGAAGAAACUAUUCCCAAUGAACUUGAACUUCAAGGAGAAAAUGCUGGCAAACCAAAGACCCCUGAGCAGCCCUAUGAUCCAUCUGACUGGAAGUAUUAUAUAAGCAAGGAUGAUACUACACCAAGCACCCUUGAGCAGAUGUUUAUGAAGAAAGGCUGGGGUUAUGAAUGUUCUUCUCCAGAAUCAAAAAUGUUUAGAGAUUAUUAUUGGAUUGUGGAUUCAGAAGAUGAUGACGACGAUGAUGAUGAAGAAGAAGAAGGGGAGGAGGAGGAGGAAGAGAAACUAAGGAAACAGCAGACAGAAAAUAAGUAG